CGUUGCAGGUAAUCAAUUAACUAAUUGUAGAAACCAUAUUUUGGAGUUUAAGGAAAAUAUUCUACAUUUAAAAAACAAAACUGAAAGAAAUCGCCAGGAGCUGAUGGAAGUCUUAAAUAAAGUGAAGGAUGACAUUAGACAGAGAGAAAAUGUAUCAGUGAACUUAGUUGAGAAGGAAGUGAAUAUAUUCGAUGAGAAUGAAGCAGUACCUAAUACAUUUGAAGUCUUAAAGUCCUUCUUCCCUCAUCUAAGGAAAAUAGGCAGAAUUUAUCCUGAUGUAAUCAUCAGCAAAGAGAAAACAGGCGUAUCCUUUGCUCUGGGUGUUCCCACUGUUAAGAGGGAAGAUCACAGUUACCUGAAGCAAACACUGACCUCACUCAUCUCCAGGAUGACCCAUGAGGAGGUGCAGGACUCCGUGGUGAUCGUCUCUGUUGCGGAUAGUAAUGGAGAUUAUUUAACAUCUGUUGUCGACAUGAUUACAAAAAAAUUCAAAAAGCAACUGAAGUCUGGAUCCUUAGAGGUCAUUUCAAUACCUCAGUUUUUUUAUCCAGACAUGUUACAUGCCAAGCACGCACCUGAGGACUCACAAACGUUUGAGAGUUGGCGAAUCAAACAAGUAUUGGAUUUUUGUUUUUUGAUGCUGUAUGCCCAACCCAAGGCCAUGUAUUAUUUACAGCUAGAAGAUGAUAUCAUAGCCAAAAAGAUGUACUUUACAAAAAUCACAGAUUUUGUGCAUUCUAUCGCUUCAAAUAACUGGUUUUAUAUUGAGUUUUCAGUUCUUGGAUUUAUAGGAAAGCUAUUUAAAUCUGAGGACUUGAAUGAUUUUGUGCGUUUUUUCUUAAUGUUCUACAAAGAUAAACCUAUAGACUUACUACUGGGGGACAUUUUUCAGGUGAAGAUGUGCCACCCAGGAGAAACUCCUGAGAAAUGUGCAGAACGAAAUAAGCAAGUCCGUAUCCGAUACAAACCUUCUCUUUUCCAGCAUGUGGGUAUACAGUCAUCAUUUCCUGGAAAAGAACAAUAUUUAAAAGUAAGAUUUUAA